AUGUGGUCUAAACGGCCGUUCCACAAGGCCAAGCGGCCCUCGAUCAGCGGCCCCAUAUUGAACAGCAAUCCGCCCACCACAUCAGACCCUGUGCAUGAUUUAGUCGCAAAAAAGUUGCCCCCUCUACCUGACGAUUUACAUUCGUCGCUACAACAGGAUCCGGUUCUGAGUGGUGAUAUCAAUGAAAGAGACUCAGACGUCUCGCCUGCUGUCUCGCCAAUUCUGGAAGCUCAUAGGCGGGAAAGUCAAGGUAGUUUCUGUGUCUCAUCCAUCGGUGACGGAGACGAAUUCCCUCGUUAUGCGCGACAGGAGACUCGAGCCUCAUCAUCGCCAAGUCCUAUUCCCAAGGUAGACUAUGUUGACACGCCUUCUCAUUCCAAAGUUCAGCCAGUCCAGCCAGUCCAGCCAGUCCAGCCAGUCCGGAAUUACCAGGAACCUACGCGGUUCAUCUCUGGAAAAACGACGCAAUGGGAGAACUUUUCCGGCGAACCAACCACGAAUGAUACCGGUAGAGCUCACCAAAUGUAUCCUCGCAACACCUCCUUCAACAGAUCCUCCGGAGCUCAUUCGUCCAACCUGCUGAAUUGGGGUCAAGGUUUCAAUCCCAAAAAAACCCUCAAUGCAGCUCGACACCGGAUCAGCAGUUUCUCCAAGACUGAAGAUCUUUCGCACAAGCGCAAUGGCAACGGUGGGCCAAACUCGAAUCCCCCGCUUGAAAACUUUGGGUUCGCUCCUACAACUGUGACCACCAUCACUGCCGGCGGUCCAGUAUCAUAUCCCCGGAGACCGGCAACGGAGAACGCUCCACUUCGCUUGCAAGAAGAGCCGAAACCGAUAUUCAAAUUCGAAGAUGAGAUCAGCAACAUGAUGCUCAUGAGCAAUGAACCUAGGAGCCGUUUCAGCGCAACUACAUACACAGCCACCGAACCCGGCAGUCAGGAUGCAAGCCCGCGGGGAAGUAUGCAACUCCAAAGCCGGUCUACGGAUGAUGUAUCCACAUCCUCUAUUAUGUCCCGACGCCGCCCAAUCCCAAUCAGCGACCCAAUUUCGAAGAAGCAGCCCGCCUCGACUAAGCCCGUCCGAAAACCCACUCCAUCCCAGGUCGCACAGCAGGUCGGCCAGAUGCCAGUGCAGUCGCCUUCGCCUCCACCUCCCCCGAGACUUAGUUUGGAGGCAUUGAUCGUUGAUUUGAGCAAGGUCAUCCAGCCUACCUCGGCUUUAUAUGAUCUGGCUGCUAAGUCUGAGGCCCAGAAGAGCAUAAAGGCCAUAGAAAAUGAGAUUGAUGAUAUCAAGAAAGAAUCGCACGAUCUUGGUCUGAAGAUUUCACGAGCGUGGCGUCGCCUGGACGAGAAGGAGAAUGCUGGUGAUGGCAAUCAUCUCUGGGUCAAGCGAGUCACGAGUUAG